CGGACCUGAAACCGAGGGCAAUUUCGGUUUGGUCGUCCUAAAUAGGUGGGUGAACACCAGAGUGAAGUUCGCAAUCAUGACGGACGAUCUCGCAAAUGCGGCACUACGUGCAAUUUUUGACAGUGACGGAGAUGAUGGUCAAACAAAUUUCCGUGGAUGUCUGCCCUCUCUUAAAAAUGUUGGAGUCUUCAACGCUAAAAUGUUGCUCAUGCGUGGGAGAGGGGGCGACGGAUCGGCCGACGGAUCGGCUGGAACUUCUCAGAGGCCUUUACAAGCGAUGGAUAUUAGGAUUGGAAAAAAUGAUCUUGAUCCGCGAUACGAUAAGGAUUUUACCAACGUUACGGACGAUGGACGAAAAUUUAUGAGAGGAAAGUUGGAAUACAAGAGGCCGCUUGGGUGGAGUAGGAUCGCUUUUAAUGUUUUGGACAGGUAUGGAGACAAUGCUUGGUUAGGCUGUGGUACUACUAGGAAGACGCAUUGUGACGAAGUGCCAGGGGAAUGGGCAGUUUCCUAUCACGGAACUGAAAAGGACAGGGUUGGCUCAAUUGCUGAGAAUGGAUACCUUCUUUCCAAAGGAAAACGUUUCGUUUAUGGAUUUGGAAUUUAUUCCACGCCCGAAAUCAGGGUGGCAGAAUCAUACGCAAAAGGAUUUACUCAUGCAGGGGACAGGUAUAAAGUUUUGGUGCAAAAUCGUAUUAAUCCUGAAGCCGUGAAAAUUAUCCCGGACACAAAAACAGGUUUUGGAGAGUAUUGGGUCACUGAAAAAGAGGAGGAUAUUCAUCCGUAUGGGUUACUUUUAAAAAAAGUGUAAUAUUGUGGCAAUUAUAAUGUGAAAAUAAAAAUUGAAAUUUUGUCAAAUGAAAAAAUAAAUAUUGUGGCAUCUAUUUAGAUGUGGCGUCCACGUAGGACGCUGCAAUGAG